AUGAUUACAUUUAUUUUUGUUUCUUUAACAGAAGAACAGUACCAGUUUCUGAGCCAAAUGGAUUCUGCUCCUUACACAGCUGUCAGUAAUUCCACCAAUGUGACCUGCGAUGUGUACAUGCAUCUCGAGACAGCUAAAGUAAUCUUCACUUUGUUUUACAUCAUUGUUUUCAUAGUUGGCUUAUCAGGAAACAUAUUAGCCCUGUACAUAACCAUCCAGAAACACCCAAAGAUUAACUCAACCACACUUUACUUAAUCCACCUUGCGGUCUCAGAUGCCCUCUUUACGCUUGCUCUACCAUCUCGGAUAGUCUACAUAGUCCGAGGGUUUGACUGGCCAUUGGGCGAGAUGCCAUGCCGAAUUUUUGCUCUCCUCUUCUACAUCAAUACGUAUGUCAGCAUCAAUUUCAUGACAUGGUUGAGCAUUGACCGUUACAUUGCAAUGGUGCAUCCUCUUCGAUUUGCCAAGUUCCGCAAGGUCCAAAACGUCAAGUACAUCUGUGCUGCAGUCUGGGUCUUUGUCUUCCUUCAGACCGCCCCUCUGCUCUUCAUCCAAAUGACGAAAGAGAACAAAGGCUUGACGACCUGCAUGGAGUACCCAAACUUUGAAACUAAUCCCAACCUGCCCAAGAUACUGCUCGGUGCCUGUCUCCUGGGGUACUGCCUGCCAGUUGCAAUCAUAAUCUUUUGCUACUUUCGAGUCAACGUGAAACUCUGUAAGAUUGCGAAGGAGAACCCUUUAACUGAGAAACUAGGCAGGAACAAAAAGGCCAUCACCGUGAUCUUGAUUGUUCUGUUGGCGUUCCUGAUCUGUUUCACACCGUAUCAUGCCACCAUCAUCCAGUACAUGAUCAGAAAGCUUCUGGCACCACAGAAUUGUUGGCACCAACAGGCCUUCAAAAUGAGUCUACAAGUAUCUGUUUGCUUCAUGAACCUCAACUGCUGCAUCGAUCCACUCAUCUACUUCUUUGCCUUCAAGGGCUACAAAAAGAAGGUUCUGGAAAUAAUAAGGCGCCGCAUUACGCUCUCUGCGCUCACCUCUUCCAAGACCAUCUCUGAGAACAACAGCACUCAUGCCACCAUGAGUCAGAUCCAAGGCUCAGCAUCAGGAUCUGCAAACUGA